AUGAAUUGUACAGAUACAUUUUUUAAAGUAUUUAGAAAUGUAUUUCUAGUUAGAGAGGUGUUUAGUAGAGUAAGAAGUGAUUAUGUAGUAGUGUUGGGAGCAAGUGUUCCAAGUAGCGUUGGUUCAGACAAGUUUGUACGAACAAGAAGAUAUCAAGAGUUGGUAAAGACAGACAAGUUGGGGUGGACUAUAGAGAACAAGCACUAUGUACUAUUACUUGAUAUUUUAAAGCGUCAUGGACAAGAUAUCAAUGUUGAAAAGCUACUACCUGAAACAAGCAAGAUUACCGCACCAUUGGUGAUGGCCUAUGUAUUGGAACACUUUCAACAAGCAUUUAUCGAUUACUUUACAAUACAGAAUUCAUUCGUGUCACCGUCGCAGUCGUUGGUUUCAUCGUCACCAGUAUCACCGUCAUUUGACAAAAUGUCAACGUAUCUCUAUCAAAUUGUUAGAUAUGGGAAUAUCAAUACUUGGAAGAUGGUGAUUGACGCAAUGAACCGACUCAUCAUUGCACCGUACGUCGGUCAACAAAGUUAUCUAAAACGUGGGUUUGAUUAUAUUACUGGUAAAUCAACGUCAUCGUCAUCGAUUCUAUCAAUACUAGCUAGACAAGAUCCGUCGACAUCAAGUAGUUAUAGUCCGUAUGAUUACCUAAAGGAAUCUAUUCUCUACAACAAACGUGAAUUGGUCGAGCAUAUAGUAGAAUCGGUUGGUGCCAAGGAACUAGCCAAUUGUUUACAACCACCAUCGUCAUUUUUCACUAUCAUGCCAAAAAGUAUUCGAUCAAGACAACCCAUCAAUCAAGACUUUAUAGACCCAGAUAUCAUUGUCUAUCUCUAUAAUGUCUUGUCGGCGCAUCUUGUCAAUCCACUAUUAAAUAUUGUUCUAUAUCCAACAUUGGCAUACUAUCUAUCCAACAAUGUAGAUAUAAUCAAUCAACACAAUCAAACCAACACCACCUACAACUCUCAAUCACAAACUGACAGUUAUUCAUACAUCACCAAUCUAAACACCUAUUUGAAAAGUGCACUUGAAACCAUUAAACAUAAAUAUCAAAAUAAUAUAAACUCGUCAUCCUCUUCAAAUUAUAUUAAAUCUGUUUACAAAUGUUGUAAAGAUUUGAUAUCAAAAGAUGAAACAGUGUAUCAUAUCAAUCUUGAUACUAUUCAUAAUACUAUUAAUAGUAUCUUUGAUUCCAAUGAUUCAUCAACAUUUCAAAUGUUACUUUGGAUUUGUGAAUUGGCAUUUCAAAUUGAUACCAAUAUUUUAAAAUUAUAUAAUCAUCAACAAUAUCUUUCUUGUCAUUUUAUUUUACUUUUUAAAAAUCAAAAAGAAAGAGUUGGUUAUUUAUUAUCAAGAAUUGGAUUUAAUUAUUUAUGUCAAUAUGGAAGAUUGGAACAAAUUCAAAUUGCUUUUGAAUUGAUUCAAAAAAUGGUCAAGUUUGAUACAGAAAAACAAGAAAAUAGAAUUAGUUUAUUAUCUGGUCAUUUGGAUGUUAUAAAAUAUUUGGUUGACAAUAAUAAUAAUAAUAAUAAUAACAGACAUGUGUUAUUGGUAGACUUUGCAUCACAAAAUAGAGGUAUUGAUCAACCAAGAUCCCUACGUAGAUGGGAUAUUGUUGAAUACCUUAUUAUCAAUGCUAGACAUAUUACUAUUAGUCAUAUGCCAGAAUAUGUAUUACACGAUGCAUUGUUGGAAGGUAGAUUUGAAUUGGCCGAUAUUCUUACCAAACGUAAUCCAAAUCUUGGUCAAUCUUUGACCAAUCUAAAACGAGUCAAUAGUAUUCAAAUGAUUGAUUACUAUCCUUCCCGAGUAAGAGGUUUACUACCAACUCUACUACCAAACGACGAUAUCAAGAAUGUAGAGUUGGUUCGUUGUAUACUUGACCGAUACGAUGCCAGUCCAUUGUUGGAAUCUGAUCAAAUCAUACCAGAGGAGAUUCUAGUGACAGCAAUCGAUAGUCAAUGUAUAAGUGUCAUUGAAUACUUGUACACACGAUUCACUCAACUCGCUCCAACCAGAGAGAAUAAUCUAGAAUCAUUUGUCGUGCCAUUGGACGAUUCUAUUUUAAACUAUAGAUUUGCGUUUAUUGGUCAAUUUUUCGAAUCUAUCCUCAAUAUUCCCUUUCAACUCGAUCGAUUGUAUCCAUUGGGUCCCUAUGCUUCGAUUGAAUGGAUCAAUACUAUUAUCUAUUCACCAAACAAAGUAUGCUCGAACAACACCCAACUAGAUUUUGAUCUUUUUGCACAACAAGCCAUCACUUCUAAUCUAGAUCAUAAAUUAGAAUUUAUAGAGUAUUUUAAAUCUUUUACUCCAACUCCAAAUGGUAUUGUUAAAAAAAAAAAGAUAGAGACUAUUAUCUAUCUAUAUAUCAUCUCAUUACUUUAUGUCUCUUGUUGUAGGCCAUCUUCACAACAACUAUUCACAAUGUAUAUCUUUACAUAA